GGAUGCAUUGAAGUCAAGGUAUUAGGUACAUACCUGUCCUGUCACCUCCAAGCUUAACCUACCAGGGUAGUUAGCUGAGACAGAUUUUAUAGGCGAGUUCCAUGUAAGAUAGAGGUAGGUAAGUUAGAGAGGAUUAAAGGUGACAUGUACAUAGUACCUAACUGAGGUAUGUAUAGAUGGAAAGAGGUAAAAAGUACACCAAAGAGGUACCCUCCUAUCUUUUUUUUUCUUCCUUAGGCCCCCCCAUUUUCUUUACCCCUCCAUCAUCACAAAUCCACCAUCCACUUUCUUUAACCCACUUUUUCCCUAACCCAACUCCAUCAUAGAAAAGUAACCUUCUUCCCGCGCUCCGUAGUUUACAAUUGAUUCUUCUAUAUUUUCGCUUUCCAUAUUCUUGCUUUAGCAAAUACCCUCGCAUCUUCUACCAUUGAGCUACCAACAUCGCUGCAAUCAUGUCUGGUGCCGUCGCUGAUUUGGGCCUCAUUGGCUUGGCCGUCAUGGGUCAGAACUUGAUUCUGAACAUGGCCGACCACGGCUUCACUGUCUGCGCCUAUAACCGAACCGUCUCCAAGGUAGAUGCGUUCUUAGCAAACGAAGCGAAGGGCAAGCCUAUUGUCGGCGCUCACUCCAACGAGGAGUUCAUUUCCAAGCUAAAGAAACCCCGCCGUGUCAUGCUGCUGGUACAAGCUGGCAAGGCUGUCGACGACUGGAUCGAGACUCUGCUCCCUCUCCUUGAGAAGGGAGAUGUCAUCAUUGAUGGCGGCAACUCUCACUUCCCCGACUCGAACCGACGAACUAAAUACCUCGCUACCAAGGGUAUCCGAUUCGUCGGUUCCGGUGUCUCCGGUGGUGAGGAAGGUGCCCGAUACGGCCCUUCCUUGAUGCCGGGUGGUAACGAGGAGGCCUGGCCCUACAUCAAGGAUAUCUUCCAAAGCAUUGCCGCCAAGAGCGACAACGAGGCAUGCUGUGAGUGGGUUGGUGACGAGGGUGCCGGUCACUACGUCAAGAUGGUGCACAAUGGUAUCGAAUACGGUGACAUGCAACUGAUUUGCGAGGCCUACGAUAUCAUGAAGCGCGGUCUCGGAUUAAACAACAAGGAGAUCGGUGACGUCUUUGCCAAAUGGAACAAGGGCGUACUAGACUCCUUCUUAAUCGAAAUUACCCGUGACAUCAUGUACUUCAACGACGACGACGGUACACCGCUGGUUGAGAAGAUUCUGGACCAGGCUGGUCAGAAGGGUACUGGCAAGUGGACUGCCAUCAACGCCCUCGACCUUGGAAUGCCCGUUACUCUGAUUGCCGAGGCUGUGCUUGCCCGUUGCCUGUCUUCCAUCAAGGCCGAGCGAGUUAAGGCUUCGACCAAGUUACAAUACGUCGGUCGCACAUCUAAGUUCGAGGGUGACAAGGAGCAAUUCCUUGACGACCUCGAGCAGGCUCUAUACGCUUCUAAGAUCAUCUCGUAUGCUCAAGGUUUCAUGUUGAUGCAGGAGGCUGCCAAGGAAUAUAAGUGGAAGCUGAACAAGCCUUCCAUUGCUCUCAUGUGGCGAGGCGGUUGCAUUAUCCGCUCUGUCUUCUUGAAGGACAUUACUGCGGCUUACCGAAACAACCCUGAUCUCGAGAACUUGCUUUUCGACGAUUUCUUCAACAAGGCCAUCCACAAGGCUCAGCCCGGCUGGAGAGAUGUCGUUGCUAAGGCUGCCGUUCUCGGAAUCCCGACCCCCGCCUUCUCUACCGCGCUGUCGUGGUUCGACGGAUACCGCACCAAGGACCUACCCGCCAACCUUCUCCAGGCUCAGCGUGACUACUUCGGAGCGCACACCUUCCAGGUUAAGCCCGAGUACGCCAACGACAAGUACCCGGCAGGCCAAUAUAUCCACGUUAACUGGACUGGUCGGGGAGGUAACGUGUCGGCUUCCACAUACCAGGCAUAAAGCAAUGGUAUUUAUAUGAAGGAAUAUGAGCGCACUUACCGAUGGUAGGUUUGGCGCGUAGGCAGGGUCAUUCUCAAUAGAUGGAAAAAGAAAAAGGAAUGAUUUAAUCCCGAGCAUGCCACGAGAUGAGCUAUGACGUGAUACAGUCAACCGACCAAACUUAGAAGAAUGAAAAUAAGUACCGAAUUAAUGCCAAAUAACACGAUAGUGCCGAAGUGCUUGAAAAAUUGAACAUUUUAAACUACUACCUAACGUUGCCCCUAUAAGUAACUUGUCUCAACUGUCUGAAUAGGAGGUACAAUUGAAAAUGAG